AUGAGCAAGCGAAAGCUCGUGCCAAAAGCUCAGCAUGCAGAGUAUACUCAAUAUGCAUCUCUUCUACGCUCACUUCGUACCAACAAUAUUCUUGAUGUUACUUCACAACUCACUCAGUACCAAGCAGAGUUGGAGGGAAAGCAGAGGGUGUGGGCCGACGAAGAUGAAGAUGACGAGUAUGGAGAUGGCAGUGACUAUUCGAAGGAUCUGGACGACGAGCACGAAUCAGGUUCUCAAAAAGCACGAAAUUCACAUCUUAAAGAAGACUUGAACCUGAUGGUCGCUGGCCCCAGUAAUCUGCAUACGAGCUCUCUUUCACCUUCCUCUCGUCAAACAACUCCACGGCUCAAACGGAAAAGUAUCCAUGGUUCAAUUUCUAGGGAAGGGUCGCUCUCCUCUUUAAGAGAAACCUCCUCAACCAUAAGCGCGCCAUCUAGGCGCAAGAAGAAACAGCGCAAUCAGUUUUCGCAGAUACGAGAUGGAUGGACACGUUGGCCGCUCAUGUUGGAGGAUGUGCCAGUGCCAGAUUGGGGUAUGGAAGAUGAGGUAGAAAAUCUAGUCAAUCUUCUACGUACAUCAACGAGAGAAGACCGGAAUCCGAGCACGCAAAAACCAGAAGUCUCCGAGGAACCUCAAUCGGUAGAUUGGGAAGUUGAGCUACCACCUUCGUCCUUACCGUCUUCUUCGCAGACUCUGCAAACAUACGACGACGCCCUGGACGAAGGGAAUCAAGGAACGUAUGAUGUGGAUGAUGAAGAACUCGACUCAGAUCUUGAUUCUCUGGAUAGCCUUGAUCCACCGUCUUUUCUUCGAGAGUUAACGCUCACAGCUACAAACCUCCUUCAUACUACUCUCGCCGCUUUAGCCCAUUUUACGCCCGCUCGCGCGCCAAGCCUACAAAAUCGCCUGGAACCUAUCGGUUGGGGAACUGUAUUGGAUGCAUUUGCAUUUGGCUCUCUGAACUCGGGAGUAGGUGCUAGUCAUAUUCAGACUAACCAAAAGAUUGCGGAGAAUGUUCGAAAGAGAAUAGAGAUUGUAUAUGGUUCAGGGGCUUCACGUCCAAGCACGGGACAUCGACUGGAUGAGAUUCCUCCAGAUAUCCGAGUCAUUUCCAUGCCUCCCGCAGUUCUUCAGACGGAGGUCGACGUCGAACAAAUUGAGUGCCACGAACAAUCACCAUCACAGUCGAUAGAGCAGCCUCAAGAAAGCAGAUCCGUCGAUCUUGAAGGGUCAUUCCUGCUAUUCCACAGGCUUCAAGUGAUCAUGAACUCGAGGCAACGACUCGCGGAGUCCUUCGAGAAAUACGGAGCAUCUGAAUCGUCGUUAUUCGACACGCGGGGACUAAGAAUGGAAACCAACGAAAAUAAAAAUUCCGGCACGUCUAAACGAAGUACGAGGAGUGCCGCUGCCAGACAGGCACCUAGUGGUCCUUCAACGGUGUCUGCCGUCGCUUCUCGAGGAAGUGGCUCGAUGCGGCGCGCUAGUACCCGGCGUCCCACCAACUUCAAAGGAAAAGGGAACAAAAUCAAGGCUAAAAAUCUUACCAUAGAUGCUGAACGAAAAGGAGAGGAAGAGAAAAGUCGUGGAGUAGGCCUGUAG